AUGCUGCCGCUGCUCUUCCCAGCACUGCUAGUCGCCUGCCUGCCGCCCUGCCAGGGCUGGAGCCCCUCGGCGGCUACCAGGGGGCAGGAGGAGCAGGAGCAGGAGCUCUUCUUGCCCGCUGCCAACUCUUCCUCCCGCUCCUUGGGCAGCCUCGAGAUGGACUUCGACGGGGCAGCGAGCAAGGAGGAAGGUAGCACCUACAGCCCGGGCACGCCGGCUGUCCCUAGCCAAGAGCCUUUCCCUUCCGCUCCCACCACCUCCGGGCAGGAGCAGCAGGGGCAGGAGCAACCGGGGCAGGAGCAGCAGCAGCGUCCCCAGCCGCAGCCCGCCGAGGACCCGCACUGCAACAUCAGCGUGCAGCGGCAGAUGCUGAGCUCACUGCUGGUACGCUGGAGCCGCCCGCUGGGCAUCCAGUGCGACCUCCUGCUCUUCUCCACCAACAACCACGGGCGGGCCUUCUUCUCCGCCGCCUUCCACCGCGUGGGGCCGCCGCUGCUCAUCGAGCACCUGGGGCUGGCGGCUGGCGGCGCCCAGCAGGACUUGCGCCUCUGCGUGGGCUGCAGCUGGGUACGGAGCAGGCGGGUCGGGCGGCUGCGGGGCACCGCGCCCCAGCCCCCCGCCGCCGCGGCCGCCGCGGCCGCCGCCUCCUCCUCGCUUUCCUACCCGCCGGCGGCCGAGCCCGGCCAGUAUUGGCUGCAGGGGGAGCCGCUGAAUUUCUGCUGCCUGGAUUUCAGCCUGGAGGAGCUGAAGGGUGAGCCGGGCUGGCGGAUGAACCGCAAGCCCAUCGAGUCCACCUUAGUGGCGUGUUUCAUGACUCUGGUCAUCAUCGUGUGGAGCGUAGCCGCCCUUAUCUGGCCCGUGCCCAUCAUCGCCGGAUUCCUGCCCAACGGCAUGGAGCAGCGCCGCGGCACCACCGCCGGCACCGCCGCCGCCGCCAAGUAGCCUCUCUCGGUGACCCCCUUCUCUUCGUCUUGUGCUGUGCAGGGACGCGGGACAGACUCUGUCGUGUUUUUCUUGUUUGCAGCGUACCACGGGUGCGCGGCGGGACGUGGGGCCGCCUCAGCGCCCGGCCCGGCCCCGAGGGGACCAAUUCAUAAGCGCGCGUUUUUUAUCUUUAAUACCCGUUUUAAACGAAACUUUUAGUAACAGAAAAACCCCGCCCCCCAAAACAAACA